CGGAGACGGCGACGCGGAGCACAGGGCGCAGGGGUUGAGCCAGCUCCCGGCGGGCAUCGUGCGGGCAUCCACGGUGACCAUGACUACUGAAGUCGGUUCCGAGUCUGAAGUGAACAAGCAGGCCGAGCAAAUAGGAGCAGACGCUGCCCAGGAGAAACCUGAUGAAGAAGCACCAGAAAGUCAACAGAAUGCAUCCUCAGAACCCGAGGAAGAAAAAAGUCCAGCGUCCCCCACUGCCGCCGUUAGCAAAAGCAGCCCCCGGAGUCAGAAGAAGGAGAAGGAUCCCUCAGAGAGUCGGGGCAUCUCUCGCUUCAUACCCCCGUGGCUUAAGAAACAGAAAUCGUAUAACCUAGUGGAGGCCAAAGAUGGAGUCGAAAGGAAGGAGCCCACAGAGGCUGUUGUGGAAGAGCCCGUAGUCGAAAAAGAUGAAUCCCUUCCAGAAGAAGGGAGCGUGGCCAGGGGUGACACAGAGGAAAUCCUCGAGAGAAAACGGCAGGAGGUUAGAGUUGAUGAUAAGGACGAGAAGCAUUCAGUCAGUAGUGCUGAGACACAGCCUGCCAAGGAAGAUAGUAAAGAGAUAGAAGUGGCAAAGGUGGAAGGAAUCCGGGAAGACAAACAAGAAGGAGAAGCAGCUAAAAGGGAGACUAAGGAAGUUCAGACUACUGAGCUCAAGGUAGAGAAGGUAGCCCAGAAGGCUGCCAAGAAGAUAAAAACGGUGCCGUGUAAAGUGACGCUCCUUGAUGGCAUGGAAUACAGCUGUGACCUAGAGAAACGGGCCACAGGUCAAGUACUAUUUGACAAAGUAUGUGAACAACUCAAUUUACUGGAGAAGGACUAUUUUGGGCUUUUAUUUCAAGAAAACAAUGAUCAGAAGAGCUGGCUGGAUCCUUCAAAGGAGAUCAAGAAACAAGUUCGAAAUCUUCCAUGGAUAUUCACAUUUAAUGUGAAAUUUUAUCCUCCUGAUCCUUCACAACUGACUGAAGACAUCACCAGAUAUUUCCUGUGCCUCCAACUUCGACAGGAUAUUGCUUCUGGCCGCCUACCCUGUUCUUUUGUGACUCAUGCUCUCCUUGGUUCAUAUACACUGCAAGCUGAGCUUGGUGACUAUGACCCAGAGGAACACAGCAGUGAUUACAUCAGUGAAUUUCAGUUUGCACCCAAUCAAACUAAGGAGAUGGAAGAGAAAGUAAUAGAGCUGCACAAAACUCACAGGGGCUUAUCUCCAGCACAAGCUGAUUCUCAGUUCUUAGAAAAUGCAAAGAGACUUUCCAUGUAUGGUGUAGAUCUACAUCAUGCCAAGGAUUCAGAAGGCGUGGACAUCAAGCUGGGUGUAUGUGCUAAUGGACUCCUUAUUUAUAAGGACAGACUCAGAAUUAAUCGAUUUGCCUGGCCUAAAAUCCUGAAAAUCUCCUACAAGCGCAGUAACUUCUACAUUAAAGUCAGGCCAGCAGAGCUGGAACAGUUUGAGAGCACCAUUGGGUUCAAACUGCCAAACCACCGGGCUGCUAAAAGGUUAUGGAAAGUGUGUGUGGAGCAUCAUACUUUCUACAGGCUUGUGUCACCAGAACAGCCACCGAAGGCUAAGUUCCUCACUUUGGGGUCUAAGUUCCGAUAUAGUGGCCGUACUCAAGCACAGACCCGACAGGCAAGCACCCUCAUAGACAGACCAGCUCCAUAUUUUGAGCGUACCUCCAGCAAACGGGUCUCAAGAAGUCUUGAUGGAGCACCUAUUGGUGUCAUGGACCAAAAGGAUUUCUCUGGCCCUGCUGGUGAUGUUUCUGUUUAUGGCCCUGGAGUUGCUGGCCAAGGCGUGUUUCAAGAUGGAGAUGGCAAAAGGGAGGUCAGAAGCCCAACCAAAACUCCACAGUUACAGUUUACUACUGAAGGAAAGGCGGGUCCUGAAGAAGAGGAAGCACAGCUGGAGGACCUGGAUAAGACCCAGGACGACAUACUGAAACAUCAGGCUAGCAUUAGUGAACUCAAGCGCCAUUUUAUGGAAUCCACACCUGAACCACGCCCCAAUGAGUGGGAAAAGCGGCGUAUCACACCUUUGUCCCAACAGACACAAGGGAGAAAAGAUCACCUUUUCAAAAUGGAUAUUUUGCCUGUGAAGGAGAAGCAGCAGAUCCCAGCAGCCCCGAUUGUUGAAGAAAAAGCUCAGGAGACAGACAAGAGCCUAGAAGAGGAGAUAACAUCAAUUUUAUUUAGUAAAGAGGGCUUUUCUGCUAGCAUGAAAGCCACCUUCACAUCAACCAGCAUUCGGACAGCAGAGGGCUCUGUUGUGAAUUAUAGUGUACCUUCUGAAAUGCUUUCUUCCUCGCCCUUCUCACAGUUGCCUGAGAAACGUGCUCCCACAUCAGAAGGGCCUUGUUCUGGAGCCAACGAUGCUGUUAAGAGUUCACAUGAGACUCUGAAUGUAGUGGAGGUGAAGAAGCAGGCAGAGGUUGGGAAAGAAGAGAGAGUAAUCACAGAAGGCGUGAACGGUAGAGACAGAGUACCACCCGGGAGUGAUCCUGGGGAGACUUGUAAGGUGGAGCCCUUGACACACAAAGAUUCCCCCUCCCUGUCUUCAGAGAACAGCAGCAGCAGCAGCAGUGAAAGUGAGGAAGAAGAUGUGGGAGAGUACCGACCCCACCACCGGGUGACUGAGGGUACCAUCCGGGAAGAGCAGGAGGAAAACGAAGAAGACGUAGAGGAGGAGAAAGAAGAGCGAGCGUCAAAGGUAGUACAGUGUGUGGAAGCAGUGCCAGAAGCCAGCUCAGUAAAGCAAAUCACAGUAGAAACCGUGGUCCAGGAAAAUGUAAUUUCCCAAAAGGUCACUGGGGAGAAGAGUUUAAAAGAAGGAUAUGAACAAGACAUGAGAGAAGAAACUGAGGAAGAACAUCACAAAGUAAACGGAGAGGUGCCUCAUGUUGACAUUGAUGUUUUGCCAGAAAUAAUUUGUUGUUCAGAGCCACCAGUGGUAAAAACAGAGAUGGUAACUAUUUCUGAUGCUUCACAAAGAACAGAGAUCUCCACCAAGGAAGUCCCAAUUGUCCAAACAGAGACCAAAACCAUCACUUAUGAAUCUCCACAGAUUGAUGGCGGUGCUGGUGGUGAUGCUGGCACAUUAUUGACAGCACAAACCAUCACUUCUGAAUCCGUGUCUACAACUACAACCACACAUAUCACCAAGACAGUGAAAGGCGGAGUGUCUGAAACAAGAAUUGAGAAACGAAUUGUCAUCACAGGAGAUGCCGAUAUUGAUCAUGACCAGGCAUUGGCACAGGCAAUUAAGGAAGCCAAAGAGCAGCACCCUGACAUGUCAGUCACAAGAGUGGUGGUGCAUAAAGAAACGGGAGUCGCAGAAGAAGAAGAAGAAGAAUAAAGUAAGAAAUGCUCUUUUCAAAUUACAUUCAACUCUGUGAACAUGAAGAAUUCUGACCAAUCCUAGUCUUGAUGCCACACCACUACUCCAAUGAAUUUAUACCACAAGCGGUAACAAUGACCAGGCACCUGAAGAAUAAAAUGCCAACACCAAACCUUACCUUAACAUCUCUGGUCUAUACUGUUUCCUGACAUCUUAAUUGUUAUUCAUCUUUUUUUAUUUUGUAUAACCACUUCCUAAUAUUCUUAGUUUUUAUUUUAUUUUUAUUUUUCAAAGUUUAGGAUUUGUCUUUGACUUUGUGUACAACUACCUGCUAAUUAUGCCUGCUUUCUGAUCAAAUGAUAGUGAACAAAGCCAGCCUCAGCUAUCAGGUGCUGUUCACUUGAACAGGUGCUGUUGUACAAAAAAAAAAAAAAAAAAAAAAGGAAAAUCUUUGACUAAUUUAGAUAGGGGAUUUCCCCCCCUUGACUCUUGUCAUUUGAAAUCUUACUGGAAUAAUUUACAGAUUUUUUCAGAUUGAGGUCAACAUACUGCCUAAGAUAAUAUUACAGAGUAGGGUUGUCUUUUUUUUUAAGUUUCCAACAUUUUGAAAAAUUUUGGUCAUGUUUGAGAAUUUCACUUGAGAUAUAUUUUCUAUUGAGCCCUCUUAACUCUUUCAUUCCAAAUGCUCUUUACUUUCAUUGGAAAGUAAGAGGCAGAUUCUCCAGACUAGAGAGAGUUAUGAAGGAGGCCCAUUAGCAUUGUUCUUAGAGACGUUGUAUUCCAGUGCAGGUAAUAAUGCUCAGCUGGUUCUCAGACAUGCAGUCUCCUAAAGCAUUCCAGAAGAAGGAGGGAAGGAAAGAGAGACAUUUCUUCCCUCCUGUUAAAAGAUAUAGGCAGCUUAAAACCUUAGUGCUUUUCUCUUAACAAGUCCAAAUUUCAAAAUUUUCCAUUAUUUGCACCCUUGUGUAGAAUGCUUGCUUUUUAUUAAACCUCAUUGUCUACGUGUUCAAAAAAAAAAAACUGACCCUUUUUUGUUGCUGAGAAGGUAGAUCUGUUUCAGAUAGUAUGUCUGAUGAUUUAUGCAGGUUUUAAAGGAUGCUGAGGGAAAGGGAUGGGUGCUGGAGUGGUUUUGUGGUGGUAAAAAGAAAGCUACACCAUUCGAAGCUGUCACCAGAGACAACAGAAAGGGGACUUGAGAUUAACUGUGUUGAAAUUUCCUUUUGUUGUUAUUUUGUUCCAUUUUGAUUUUGGCUGUUGACUCUGUCUAUAGUUACAAUGCCAGAUUAGAUUUAUAGCAGCUUGAAAUUGUAUUAAGUGAUAUUUUGCUCUCUGUAAUACUGUUAUAAAAUAAAAUUUGUUUAUUCUCUAAA